AUGUCUGAGCAACCCAUUGAUAAAACUUCGAUUGUCGAGGUAGAAAACUGCGGCGGCGAUGUCUCCCCUGGCCAAGAGAAAGCGACCGACGCUCAUCAUGAUAUUCGAAUUCGUCACGUAAAGUCGAAAGAGGAGCGGCGACUGGUACUCGAACAAGAUCUGCUUAUUUUACCAUUGUUAUCGGGCGGCCUUUUCUCGGGGUUUCUGGAUCGUGACCAGAUUGGAAACGCUCGUGUCAUGGGUAUGCAGGUUGACCUCGGAUUGACUAGCCAGCAGUUCUAUAACUGUAUAAUGAUGUUUUCCGUUCUAUUUGGUGUCUUCGCAUGCGCCAUGGUUUCCGCAAAAAGCUAUGCCCCAGUGAUGGUUCUUCGGGUUCUGAUCGGUCUUGCCGAGGCCUUUGUCAAAAAUGCAUAUCUUUACAUCAGCCUUUGGUAUCGGCCGGAUGAGUUGUCAUUAAGGACGGCUGCAAUCUAUGGAAUGAGCCCUGUUGCGGGGGCCAUUAGUGGUAUUAUCGCAUACGAAUUGCAGAAAAAUGUUGACGGUGACCUUGGGUUGCACGCCUGGCAGUGGUUAUUCAUCGUGGAGGGCGCAAUUACCAUUUUCUUCGCCAUGACUAUGGUUGCCCUCCUUCCCGCACUUCCGGAUACUGUGGCGGAGGAGGGAAGCCUCAUUUUCGGUCCGAGAAUGAGCGCCGGAUUAUCGCUUCAAGACUUCGAGCGAGUACGCCAAAAUACCCAUGAUCGCCGCCCUCGUUAUCAUCAGAUCCUUGUUGCACUCAAAGAUCCCAAGCUCUACCUUGGCUCUGCCAUGGUAGGUUGUCAAGGAAUUGGAAUCGGAGCAUUCUCUGUCUUCCUGCCUACUUUCAUUAAAGAAUUCGGGUUCUCGGCCCUCGACACCCAGUUUUACACGAUGACUCCCUACGCCUUUGGCCUCGCAACUCUCGUGUCGAUCUCUUUCCUGUCCGAUCGCCUCAACCGCAAGGCGUGGGUGGCUUUUGGAUGUCACUGCAUCACGAUGAUCGGAUUUGUCAUACUGCUAACAACCACGAACAAAAUCGCACUCCUCGCUGGAGCUUGCUUUGUCCUCGCCGGUGCAUACCCAGGCCUAGUCGGUUUCACAAAACGUGCAACUGCUGCUUGGUUCAGUCAGAUAUUUAUUCAGUCCGAGAGUAUUAUCGCAACACAAGUGUAUGACUCUCCGCCCUGCUUUUUCAAAGGGCACGGGGUUGCCCUGGGGUUCUAUGUUCUUGCGGUAACGUGUACCAUGUUGUUGCUCGUCAUGGCCACCAAAGCGAAUGCGGCCCGGGAUCAACGGGCCCGAGAGUUUGAGGAAAGAGGUCAAUUGGAUGAGGAGGCACUCAAGACUAUUGAAGACUUGUGCGACUUUCACCCCCAGUACAGGUACGCUUUGUAG